UGUUCACAGUAACUGGUUUGCUCUUUAGAGCUCUGCUUGAUGUCUUCAGUUCAGAAAGGAAGGUCGGAUUUCUUUCUCUCUCUCUUCCAAUUUCCAAGGGGUCAAUUUUCCAGGUAUUCCUACCAGAUGGGUUGUUCUUGAUACCAUGCUCUGGUAGAUUCGGUUCCGAAUCAGGAAAUCUACGGGACGGCUCUCUUCUCGAACCAAAUCGUGGUUUCUUCUCGCGAGUUUCCCCAUUCUAGUUUUUACAGUAUUUAACGUUGCUUUUAGAAAUUAUACCAGGUUAGAGGUCUUUGCUUUGUGCGAGAUUUGAGGAUGCUCUCGAUUUUUAUCCUUUCUACACUGUGGGCAGGAUGUUGUCUCUGUUUGUUCGCUCGCAAGCUCACGAAUUGUACGGUAUACUGUACGUCCGGCUGGCAGUUUCUGCCGCAGAGCCUGCAACUGCAACUUCUUGGUGGAUUUUGAUGGGUGAUUCGGCAGCGGGAAUGCGCUGGGUUCAGAGGAAAUUCUAGUUUCUGUAACGUCUUUCUUCUUGCUAUCUUUAUCUAUUGUUGUUCUGGGUUUUCCCUCCCUUCCAGUUUCAACUCUUUUUCUACUACUCGUUUAGAAAUCGGAAGGGUUCCAAAAAGAAAAAGGCUGAUGCAGUUUCAACUAUUGUUGUUCAGAGGAAAAUCUAUUGUUAGCUGAUGCCUCUGAACUUAAUACCUCAAGUAGCAUCAGCUGAACUCAAAGUACUAUUUUUAGAUUCUUGCAAGAGUUGGUGGCUAGAAGAGUGCCAUUGUGAGAGGCUUUUGGUUUUAACAGCUCACCUUAAUAACACAAUUGUUUUCCUUUCAGGCAGCUUCUUGAUUAGGCUCCUCUUGUCCUUUGUAUUUUACUUCAUCUCAUGUUCAAAUGGAGCAUCGAAACUGUCUUAUAGAUUUCUCUGAGAAGAUCAUUUUUCCUUAUCAUGGUGAUUUUCCCCAUUAUAAGUCAUGCUAUUUGCUGUCCUCAAUACACUCUUUACUAGUCUGAAUUCUCCUGGGCAGCUCAAUGGUUGGCAGGCAAAUGGUGGUGAUCCUUGUGGCCAGUCAUGGAAGGGGGUAAUUUGCUCAGGAUCAGGGGUCACUAAAAUCUUAUUGCCGAACUUGGGACUCUCCGGGAAUCUGGCCUACAACAUGAAUAACUUGGGUUCAUUGACUGAGCUUGACAUGAGCCAAAACAGCCUUGGCGGUGGAAACCAAAUACAGUACAAUCUUCCCUAUAUGAAGCUUGAGAAACUCAAUCUUGCAGGAAAUCAGUUUGGCGGAAAUUUACCCUACUCAAUUUCAACGAUGAAUAAUCUUAAGUAUUUAAACCUUAACCACAACCAAUUACUAGGAAAUAUUUCCGAUGUAUUUUCCAGCCUUUAUAGUUUGACAGAACUAGAUCUCUCCUUUAAUUCUCUUACUGGUGAUCUACCACAAAGUUUCACUGGAUUGUCAAGCCUGAAAAAAUUAUAUUUGCAGAACAAUCAAUUUACUGGUUAUAUCAAUGUCCUAGCUAAUCUCCCCCUUGAAGCUCUGAAUGUUGCAAACAACCGUUUCACAGGUUGGAUUCCUAGUCAGCUUAAGAAGAUAAACAGUAUACAGACUGACGGAAAUUCUUGGAGCACAGGACCAGCGCCACCUCCACCUCCAUAUACAGCGCCGCCUCCCCCGAAUCGUCGGAACGGCCCAGGGCAGAAUGGUGAUGGUUCUGGUGGAAAAUCUGGAAUAGGUGGUGGAGGUGUAGCAGGAAUUAUCAUAUCAUUGCUGGUUGUUGGAGCAAUUGUUGCAUUCUUUCUAAUAAAAAGAAGAAAACGCAAAGCUGCUAUGGAAGAACACUUUGAACAGCACCAGCCAUUCACUUCCUUCCCCUCGAACGAAGUUAAAGACAUGAAGCCUAUUGACGAGUCUACUGCAGUAGACAUAGAGUCUUUGUCUUCACCUACUUCGAUUAGUUUGAAACCACCCCUGAAGAUAGAACACCACAAAUCGUUUGAUGAUGAUGAUGAUUUUUCAAACAAACCUGUUUCAAAGAAAAGCAAUAUAGCACCUAUAAAGGCAACUGUUUAUUCAGUUGCGGAUCUACAGAUGGCAACAGAUAGCUUCAGCUUCGACAACCUUGUUGGAGAGGGUACUUUUGGACGUGUUUACAGGGCACAGUUCAAUGAUGGAAAGGUUCUGGCCAUCAAGAAAUUAGACAGCACCGUGAUGCCAUUCCAAUCAUCUGAUGACUUUGCUGAACUGGUCUCAAAUAUUUCAAAAUUACACCAUCCGAAUCUGAAUGAGCUUGUGGGCUACUGUAUGGAACAUGGGCAGCACUUGCUUGUGUAUGAUUUUCACAGGAAUGGAUCGCUUCAUGAUCUACUUCACCUUUCUGACGAGUACAGUAAGCCACUUAGUUGGAACUCUCGUGUUAAGAUUGCACUUGGCUCUGCUCGUGCACUAGAGUAUCUUCAUGAAAUAUGUUCUCCAUCCAUCAUCCAUAAGAAUUUCAAGUCAUCAAACAUUUUGCUGGACUCGGAAUUCAAUCCUCACCUUUCAGAUGCUGGACUUGCAAGCUUUAUUCCUGAUGCUGAAUUCCAGGCAGCAGAACAAAGUGCCGGAUACACUGCCCCAGAGGUGGACAUGACCGGUCAGUACACCCUCAAGAGUGAUGUCUACAGCUUUGGAGUUGUCAUGCUUGAGCUAUUGACUGGGCGUAGACCAUUUGAUAGCUCUAGACCCAGAUCAGAGCAGUCACUUGUGCGGUGGGCAACUCCCCAGCUGCAUGACAUCGAUGCAUUGGACAGGAUGGUGGAUCCUGCACUCAAGGGUCUAUACCCAGCCAAAUCUCUAUCCCGAUUUGCUGAUGUGCUCGCGCUGUGUGUCCAGCCCGAACCAGAAUUCAGGCCACCAAUGUCAGAGGUGGUGCAAGCAUUGGUUCGACUUGUGCAGAGGGCCAACAUGACGAAGAGAAUGCUCGAUGGAGAUACUUCUCGGCGAGCAGAUGAUCAGGACCCAGAUUUCAUAUGACGGAAACAAAACACGAGCCUUUCAGGUUGUAUUUAUUUCGUUCGACUAGCCCCCAGCAGAUAGAGAGAGAGAAGAUUUGGAAGAAGAAACAGAGAAGUUUGUUGGUUCCGCCCGUACAUAAUCACAGUUUUUUCAUGGUGACAAAAGAGUGUAUUCUAUGGUCCAUGGUUUGUAUUGUGCAUACAAAACAGUACCUUGAUCGUAGAUUUAUUAUACCAUUCUGUUUCAAACAGGACUAUAGUCAAAUUGUACUCUAAGAUACUCAAUUUAAAAAUGCAAUUCAUUUUAGUUUUGUCCUAA